AGCCUUUAUUGAUUUUUACCCUUUUCAUUUCAUUUCAUUUCCUCUGUAAGCAAAAAACAGAGCAAAAACAUCACAAACAAAAUAACAGAGUCAUAGAAUCUCAACAACACCAUAAAUGUGAAACAUCAUCUUCAACAAUCACAGCACAGAACAACCAUGGCUGAAUCAAACGGCGACGUAUUCCCAUGGUUAAAAUCCAUGCCAGUAGCUCCCGAAUACCGACCCACUCCAGCUGAAUUCGAAGAUCCAAUCGCAUACAUUUUCAAGAUCGAAAACGAAGCUUCCAAAUUCGGAAUCUGCAAAAUUAUCCCUCCUUUUCCACCUUCUUCCAAAAAAACCACCAUCUCUAACCUAAACCGUUCAUUCCCUAACUCCACAUUCACCACCCGUCAACAACAGAUCGGGUUCUGUCCCCGUAAACCCCGACCCGUUAAACGACCCGUUUGGCAGAGUGGGGACCACUACACUUUCUCUGAGUUUGAAGCCAAAGCAAAAUGGUUCGAAAGAAGUUACAUGAACAAGAAGAAGAAAAACAGUAACAGUGCUCUUGAAAUAGAGACAUUGUUCUGGAAAGCUACGGUGGAUAAACCGUUUUCUGUUGAGUAUGCUAAUGAUAUGCCGGGUUCUGCUUUCGCGGACACGGUGGAGAAUAAUAAUAAACCGUUUUCUUCAGUUGCUAAUAGUACUUGGAAUAUGAGGAGGGUUUCAAGGGCCAAAGGGUCUUUGUUGAGGUUUAUGAAGGAGGAGAUACCCGGAGUUACUUCGCCCAUGGUUUAUCUUGCUAUGCUUUUUAGUUGGUUUGCUUGGCAUGUGGAGGAUCAUGAUUUGCAUAGCUUGAAUUAUCUUCAUAUGGGUGCUUCUAAGACUUGGUAUGGUGUUCCUAGAGAUGCUGCUGUUGCUUUUGAAGAUGUUGUUAGAGUUCAUGGAUAUGGUGGAGAGAUCAACCCUCUUGUUACAUUUUCUAUUCUUGGUGAGAAGACCACAGUGAUGUCACCAGAAGUGUUUAUUAGCGCAGGUGUUCCAUGCUGCAGGUUAGUGCAAAAUGCUGGGGAAUUUGUUGUGACAUUUCCAAGAGCCUAUCACACGGGGUUCAGUCAUGGUUUUAAUUGUGCAGAGGCGGCAAACAUUGCAACACCCGAGUGGUUGAGAGUUGCUAAAGAUGCUGCUAUUCGGAGGGCUUCAAUAAACUAUUCUCCCAUGGUUUCACAUUUACAGUUACUUUAUGACCUUGCCUUAGCUUUGUGUUCUAGAAUCCCUGGGGGAAUCAGUGCGGCACCUCGGAGUUCUCGACUUAAAGAUAAGAAGAAGGGUGAAGGAGAAGCUGUAAUUAAAGAACUAUUUGUCCAGGAUGUGUUACAAAACAAUGAUCUGCUUCAUGUCCUCGGAAAUGAGUCUUCUGUAGUACUUCUUCCUCGCAACUCAGUUGACAUCUCUAGUUGCUCAAAAUUACGUGUUGGAUGCCGGCCACCAAAAGUGAACCCUGGAUUUUCCUUUGAUGUAUGCAAUUCUGAGGGACUGAGUUCAUCAAAAGGUUUUGUUUCUGAUGAUCUGGUAUUCGACAGGAAUCGCGGAAUUGCCCAAGAAAAAAACUUAUGUUCUGUGAAUGAUGAACUUACUCUGUUGUCCGAAGGGAAGGGGAUUCCCUCGUUGGAUGCAAAUGGUAACAAAUCCCCUUCAAGUUCUAAGCAACUUCAAAGAGACAGUGAAAGUGAGACUAGUCAAGGAGAUGGAUUGUCAGAGCAGAGACUGUUUUCGUGUGUCACGUGUGGACUAUUAAACUUUUCCUGUGUUGCUAUUGUACAGCCUAGAGAACCAGCAGCUAGGUAUCUUAUGUCUGCUGAUUGCAGCUUCUUUAAUGAUUGGGUUGCUGCCUCUGGAUUACCUGGUAGCAAUAAAUAUACUGCCCCCCAUGAAGAUGCACAUAUUCCCGAGCCAAAUAUGUAUGCAGGGUGGACAAAGAAAAAUGCCCAAGAAGAGGCCUUACAUUCCGAAGGAGAAAAUGGCAAUACAGCAGCUACAGCUCUUGCAUUAUUGGCUUCAGCAUAUGGAAGUUCUUCUGACUCUGAGGAAGAUGCAGUUGACGGCCAUGAAUCAAAUGCAAUAAACUUUACAUCAGAAAGUUUGCCUUCUAAUUUUUGUGAUUCCAAUGAUAAUCCCAUGACAAUACUUGAUAAAGAUGAUACCCUUUCAGAGAGUGCCAGCUACGAAGCACACAGAAAUGAGUGUAAUUUGAGUCAUCAUCCUCGGGAUCAAUCUUUUGAGGAACAGGAUUAUAAAAUCACUUCAGGGGCUGCAUUUGAAAAUACAAGGGCAAUGCCUUAUUCCACAACAUAUAGUUCCCGUGAUACUAAUGACGCUGAGAAGUCAUUGUCAAUCGAGGCAAUUGUUCCUGUAAAUCAUAAAAAUGUUUUACUGGUACCACAAUGCGAUGAAGAGUCGUCUAGAAUGCAUGUAUUCUGUCUAGAGCAUGCUGUAGAAGCAGAGCAGCAACUACGCCCAAUAGGUGGAGCCCACAUAUUGCUCUUAUGUCAUCCAGGUGGCAUCAUACGAUUCAAUGACGAUUAUCCCAAGAUAGAGGCUGAAGCACAGUUGGUGGCAGAAGAUUUGGGGAUUGAUUGCACGUGGAAGAAUAUUGCCUACAGGCAUGGCACCAAGGAGGAUGAGAAAAGGAUCCAGUCAGCUCUGGAUAGUGAGGAAGCGAGUCUCGGGAAUGGGGACUGGACUGUAAAGCUAGGAAUAAAUCUCUUUUAUAGUGCAAGUCUUAGCCGCUCUCCCCUUUAUAGCAAGCAGAUGCCUUACAAUUCCGUUAUAUAUUAUGCAUUCGGUCGUAGCUCUCCAGCAAGCUCACCGAUAGAACCAAAGGUUUAUCAGAGAAGGGCUGACAAGCAGAAAAAGGUUGUUGCUGGCAAAUGGUGUGGUAAAGUUUGGAUGUCUAAUCAGGUCCAUCCCCUUUUAGCAAUAAGGGAUUCUGAAUAUGUUGAGGAUGAGAGAAGUUUACGUGGAUUGGUAUUGCCUGAUGUGAAAAUUGAGAGAUCGGGAAGUACCCCCAAAACUGCAACGGCUAUCACAAAAUCAGGUAGGAAAAGGAAAACAACCUCAGAGAGUAGACGGCGAAUCAGGAAGGGAAAUUUUGAUGAUAAGGAUGUGGUUUUGGAUAAUUCUGCUGAAGAUGAACCCAGUCCUCGGCCAAGAAGGUUUCUUAGAAGCAAGCAAGCUAAGGGUGUUGAGAAAGAUGGUGCAGCUUUGCAGAGGAAUUGUUCUCCAUAUCAUCAUAGAAAACCUAUAAGCAAACAAACCAAUUGCACUGAAAGUGAUGUAGUUUCUGAUGAUUCGAUUGAUGAUGAUUACAUGCAAAAUAGAUGGAGUUUUAAUGUCAAAAAAGCUAAAUUUGCUGGCAAUGAAGUGGUUUCAGAUGAUGCAGAGGACUAUGAUUCUGAUUGUCAUCAGAUGGAAGAACUUAGAAGUAAUCAAGAUGAAGGUACAGAGAGAGAUUCGGUUUCAGAGGAUUCUUUGGAUGUUGGUUCUCUUCCGUUGCACAGAAAGACUUCCAGAAGCAAGCAUGCCGACUAUAUUGGUGAAGAUGCAAUUUCUGAUGACCAAAUGGAGAGUGGUUGUCAGAAGCAGAAAAAGAGAAUUGCUAAAAGCUGGCAAGGCAAAUACCUUGCUGAAAAAGAUUCAGUGAUAUCAGAUGACCAACUGGAGCUGAACAAGCUGAAGCAGCAACGGGGUAAUCCUAAAAGUAGGAAAGCCAGAAACCUUGCCAAUGAGGAUGCUGUGUCAGACGAUCAAACAAAUGUCUAUCGUCGCAAGUACCAAAGAAGGGCAGUUAAAGUCAGGCAAGCCAAAUGUGUAGCAGAGGAAGAUGUAAUGUCUGACGACCAAUUGGAGGUUUCCUAUCAAAGGCAUAAAACAGGUAUUUCUAGAAGGAAGAACAAAGGCAUUGAUAGAGUGAAAAAUGAAAUGUCUGAUGAUCAACUGGAUGAUCACUUUCAGAAGCAGCAGAGAAAAAAUCCUAGGAGCAGGCACAUUAAACAGACUGAUGAGGAAGAUAUCGAUGACUCAGCUGACAAUAAUGCUCAUCUGCUGCAUAGAAACCCUAAAAGGAAGAAAGCUAAAUGCAAGGAUGAAGAUCAUAUGAUUUUAGAUAACGAAAUGGAAGAUGAUUCUCUUCAGCAGCGCAAGAGAACUCUUCCAAGUAAACAAUCCAAACGAAAGACACUUAAACAGAUGAAACAAUCCAAAACUCUCCAAAUGAAAAACCAGACACCUCAGCCAGUGAAACGAGGAGCUCAGAAGAAUGCCAAGCAAGUAAAGCAGCCGUCUCAUUUGCGGAGUAAUCUUUCUGACAACUCCAGAGAGCCUAGUAUAGAUAUGGAAGAGGACGAAGAAGGUGGACCUAGUACACGCCUUAGAAAGAGAGUCUUAAAAGCUCAGGAGUCUGAAGUAAAAUCAAAAGACAGGGAAACCAAAAGGAAAAGGGCAAAUGGUGUUGCAGCUGCAAAGGUUUCAGCUUGCAAUCCCAAAUCAGAGGACGAGGAAGCAGAAUAUCAGUGUGACAUUGAGGGAUGCACCAUGAGUUUUGAGUCAAAAGACGAGUUGGUGCAUCAUAAGAGAAACAUCUGUCCAGUAAAAGGUUGCGGAAAAAAGUUUUUCUCGCACAAAUAUCUGGUGCAGCACCGGCGAGUUCAUGAAGAUGACCGUCCUCUGAAGUGCCCCUGGAAGGGUUGCAAGAUGUCUUUCAAGUGGGCAUGGGCUCGAACCGAGCAUAUUCGAGUUCACACCGGUGCACGACCUUAUGCAUGUGCCGAGCCAGGUUGUGGUCAAACAUUCAGAUUUGUGUCUGAUUUCAGUCGUCAUAAGCGAAAGACUGGUCAUUUAGCGAAGAAGAUUCGUCAAUAGAAAGUGCAAUAGAUGUUGUUGUUACUUAACAUGUUUUUAGAAUUUAUGAUUCCAUUGCUUAAUUGACCAAAGCUAGGACUAACAUUUUAGGAUAUGUCUGCAAUUGUCAUUUGUAAAAACUAUUAAUUCUGUUUGCUUUGGGUCUUCAACCCAUUGUUUCAUUACAAUUAAAGCAAAUGCUUAAUUCUCAACCUGUUCAUAUCACAUUGCAUGCAAAUGCUAUUCCAGCUUUUACUUUUUGUGAA